CCGCCAGUGUCUACCUCCGGAUCCAGCCGGGUCGUCCCCCGUGAGUCGGGGCCCCAAGAGUCCAACGGCGUCUCCUAGCGGCCGGGCCUUGCGCGCCUAUGUGCGUGUGUACGACAGUGCGUGUGUGCGUAGCUGCUCGGCUGCGUGCCUACGUGCUUGCGCCCGGGCGUGCUCCGCAUCUCCGUGUGCGAACGCGGGUUCGAGCCGGCGGAUGCCCGGCAAAGAAGGGGCGCCGGCGUGUGUGCGAGCCUGUCAGUCCUUGUGCAGGUGAAGAAGCCCAGACAAGUGGACUAGUGUUUCCUCCUCAGACCACGAAGCAGGUACUCUGCAUGGAGAGUGUCGUUGAGGCCAGGUGUCUGGACUUCAGGAACUGGGGGCAGAGAUGAACGAGAGUAGGUGGUGCUCCUGGGCUCAGUGGAGAGCCCCAGGCCCGCUGCUGCUGCCGCCGCUGAGGAGGGACAGCCACUGUUUGUAACUGUCCUGGUAGGUGCCAUGGACUGGGCUAGGUGCCCUCGGCACCUUGUCCCCGAUGCUCGCAGCCACGUCGCUCCGUGAGGUACCGGGACCCAGCUGAGGUUCAGGCCCGGGGCCCUGCUCUUCCCACUGCACAGCUCUGUCCUGCCGUGAGGAGGGGGGGACCCACCCCGCAUCCAGGUGCGAGGACCGGGGAAGGGCGGGUGCGUGCACUCAGAUCCCCUAGCAGUCAUGGGCCGUCUCUCUGUUCCUCGGCACCUCCUUCUCAGAUACAGAGUGGGGUGAUGGUAGUGGUGCUCUACCGGGUUAUUUGAGGAUUGAAUCCUAUGAUGCAUGGCUCGUGCCAUCCCCAGCGCCGGGCGUAGAGACUGCGUGUGCCCCGGGACCAGUUCGUCCUCUUGUAUUUCCUUUCUCUAGGCUUGGGUCGGGGUUGGGGGUGUCGAUAGUGGGGAGCAGUGGGGCAGGAAGGGGUCAGAGGAGGGCGGCACCCAAAGGGGUGGGGAGGAGACACCUGCCGGGGCCAUCUGAGAUCACAGGGUGCCCCCAGCGCUGAGCUGAGGUGAGAUACCAAGGAUUUGUGCUCCGCAGCCCCAGGAUAGGAGCCCGGGAGCCUGGGGAUCUGCAGUGUCUCAGCGGUGGCAGGGCCAGGGCCCCGAGAGCGUUGGGGUGAGUGGGUCGGCAGAAGAAGCGGCGCCCAGGACUGACCCCGUCUGUGCCGGGAGAGGGCUAGAGCCAGCUCACUGAGUCGGUAAACCCAGCGGCCCCUCCCCGUCUGUGCUCUCCUGGGGCUCAGUGGCCUCUGUUGUAGCACUGCCCACAUGCUGCCCUGGCCAUGCCUUUCUCUAGCUGUCUCCACCCUCCUCCGUGAGCUCGCCAAAGACUCCGUCUGAUGGACAAGUCAUCCUGAUCACCGGCCCCUUCCUUGGGGCCUGUCCGCUGACUGUGUAGUGAUAGAAAGAAGGAGCCAAGGCUCUCUGCUCCCCCACCGUCCGGGCCACGUGAGGGCCCAGGAGCCGUGGAGAGAUGAGGUUCGGCUGCCUCUCCUUCCGGCAGCCUUAUGCAGGUUUUGUCCUAAAUGGGGUCAAGACCGUGGAGACGCGUUGGCGUCCUCUGCUGAGCAGCCACCGGAACUGUACCAUCGCCAUCCACAUCGCCCACAGGGACUGGGAAGACGCCGCGUGGAGGAAGCUGCUGGUGGAGAGGCUUGGGAUGACCCCUGCUCAGAUUCAGGCCUUGCUUCGGGAAGGGGAGAAGUACGGCCGUGGCGUGAUAGCGGGGCUUGUUGACGUUGGGGAAACGUUGCUGUGCCCAGAAGACUUAGCUCCCGAUGAGGUCAUGGAGCUGGAAAAUCAAGCUGUCCUGACCAGCCUGAAGCAGAAAUACCUCACUGCGCUUUCGAACCCCAGGUGGUUGCUGGAGCCCAUCCCCAGGAAGGGCGGAAAGGACGUCUUCCAGGUAGACAUCCCAGAGCACCUGAUCCCCUCGGGGCAGGAGGCCGGAGGAGCACGCAAGGUUACCGGGAAGCCAGCUAAAUCAUGACCCGUGAGCUGACCACGGUGCCGCAGACGGAGACAGCAGCUUUGGCCUGGCUUGGCCCUGCCGCGGAGAGCGCUGCCACUGUGUGCUGUUUGUGGACACAGAUUUCUCCACUCCCGUGCGGGGGACAGGUCAGUGGGACUUUCCUUGUGAGAUGCCCGUCUGGGCUCCUGGACAGUGUCAAGGACUCUGACCUUCAGGAGAGAGGGAAAGCUGCCAUAAAGGUCUCUGCACCGCGACUCAUUUGGGUACUGCUGAUUUCUGGAUUGUACAAAGAAAUACAUUUUAAGAGAACUGGUUAGUGUCUCCCCCCCUCUUCGUUCUGGUCAAAAAGUCAGAGAAUGUUUGAACAGCAUCCAGGGGAUGUUGUGGGAAGGAAGGCUGGGAGCGGGCGCUAAAGGCAGGCCUGGGAGUGGCCAGCCAUGGACGGCCCCGUUCACGGCGACGAGGACAUCAGACUGAGAAACGGAGCGCCCGUCUGUCCUCGCCAGUGACUCCUGCUCUGUCGUAAAAGCGUCCCAUGGCCCACAAGGUGUGCGUGUUACACACAUCGCACGGCUGUUUCUUGUCCGAGGAAAGGCUCCUAAAUACAGCACUGGUGGAAGA